GGAUGAUCUAGACAGCUACGCUUAUUACGUCAACCAAGACGGAAACACUUUGUCAAACAAAGACACACACACAUUUCUCAUUGUUAAUAAGCAUACUCAAUACAACGUGUAAUACACACAACAUAAACUAAAACCCAAAACAAAAAAAGCAAUAAAUACACACAAGAGGCCAAAGAUCUAGAUAAACUAUUCCAAAUUACUUUCAUAGUCACAGUGAAACGUUCUUCAAACCACAAGCUGCAGCUUAGACACAAAUCAGAGUCAGUCAAGAAUCGGAACAGGAAUUGGAACAGGAAUCUGAAUCGGAAUCGGAAUCGGAAGAGGCACUGAGGCAUCGAGAGUGCAAGGUAUACAGGUAGAUCUAUAGAGGACAGAGGCCUGCUAGCAAAAUGCAUAUUGAAAUACAAGUGGCGUUGAACUUUGUCAUUUCGUAUCUAUACAACAAAUUGCCACGUCGACGAGUCAAUAUCUUUGGGGAAGAAUUGGAAAAAGCGUUGCGUGACAAAUUCCAAGGACACUGGUAUCCGGAGAAACCCUUCAAGGGCUCGGCAUAUCGUUGUCUCAAAACCGGUGAUCCUAUUGACUCGGUGCUAGGACGUGCAGCUCGUGAAAGUGGUGUACCAAUAACUGAUAUCCUUGAGAACCUACCCAAUGAGCUAUCCGUCUGGGUGGACCCCGGUGAGGUGUCGUACCGCAUCGGCGAGAAAGGGGCAGUUAAGAUACUCUAUACGGAGAACAAUGAGAACCAUGAGGAUAGCCACUCGGCGGAUCGAGAGGUUACGAAGACGUUCAAUCCGGAGGCACAAUGCUUUCGUCCCAUCGACGUGGUCAACACGACCAUGAACAACUUGAGCUUAAGUCCAAAGGCAUUGCCACUACCGUUGCCAUUGCCGCCGUCGGGCUCCUCACCACACUCGGUCGCUUCUAGCUCCCCGCCAUGUAAGGGCAGCCCGAAUCCCAAUGGCUGUGUCUCCAGCGGUGCCAGUCUCUCUGGCAGCAACACUGUGACUGCCACCGCUACUGCCGCCGCCUUUGUGCAGCGUGCCGCUCAGGCGCCGCUAACAUUUACAACGGCCACCUUUGCCCAGACAAAGUUCGGCAGCACCAAACUCAAGACUAGUUCCAAGCGUACCAACAGCAGCUCGUAUCGCAUGUCGCCCACUGAAUUCUCAAACUAUAUCAAGCAACGUGCCAUGCAACAGCAGCUGCAUCAUGGCCACAGCGUUGGUGGCUCAUCGGCGGCGGCCUUUGGAGCAUUGGACGCCGUAUCCCCGGCACGUUCGCUCUCACCCAAUCCGCUGGCAUUGGGUAACAAUAAGACCGCCCCGACUGCUGAACCCUUCUAUUACGCCAAUAUACCAAUGGGCCUCUAUCCCCAGUACAACGGGCAGCGCACUCUCUUCGAGCCACACUAUAACACGGAUGCGGCCAACAUUAGCGUCUGUUUCGGCAGUGCGACAACAGCCGUCUCCACUAGCAGCAACAGCUACAGUACUUAUCUCGAUCCCUGCUACUUUUCCAACGGUCAUCUUAACACGAAUGUGAAUGCUAAUGCCAAUGCCACUGCAACUGGAGCUGCAGCUGCAGCUGGAGCUGAAGCUGGAGCUGUUGUCGAUCAGCAGCAGUUGGAGCAGGCCAACAGCAGCGAGACCUGCUCUGUAUUGGACACAGAUCAGAGUAGUAUAGCUGGCGCCGCAGUCGAGGAGGUGGGUAAUGCAGCUAUUGUCGAUUCAUCAAUCGACAACUGCCCCAUUACCCCGCCAACUGACGUCAUUAUGGCCAGCCCAAACACAGUCAAUACAUGUGGGUCAGCUGCUGCGUCCGGAUCUAUCAAGCAAGAUCCCUCCGCUUCUGUUGUUGCCAACAGCUCGUUUAAAUAAAUUUCAAACACAACGAUUGGAUAAUAAAUUAUAAUUUAAUAGC